AUGUGGUGGAAGUGGCCUCUUCUCGUUUUUCUCUGUGCCUCCAUCGCGCUCUGUACCGAUUGUCCCAAUCGUGCCAGCAAUGGAUACUGUGUGGUGGAAAACGUUACCGAACCCUACAACCCAGCGAUCUUUCCACCGGACGAACGUUUGGUGUGGAUUCGCAACAGCACCAUCCCGGUGUUUAAUCGAUCCCUCUUUACGCCACUCGCCCACGUUGAAAACCUCAUGAUCCAUCGGCUGCAGAUAGAGCAGCUCGAUCUGGCCGGUUGUGAUAAGCUCGACAUCCUGUUCGCUUCCUACAACGCGAUCGAUCGUGUCAGUGCGGACGAAGGUUUGCCGCUACGGCAGCUGCACCUUUACCAGAACCGUCUCACCGACGUGAGUGCACUGCGAGCACUCACCGAAAUCGAGCAGCUUUAUCUGCACGAGAAUCUGCUCGAAUCGUUACGCUUCGAUACGUUCGCACCGAUGCGGCACCUCAAGAUACUCACCCUGCAGCGCAAUCGGUUGCGCACGAUCGCGACAGGGACGGGUAACAAGCCGCUCGUGAUGCCACGACUCGAACAACUCUUUCUGCAGUUCAAUCAGUUGCCCCAUCUCGAUACCGGACUGUGGCGUAUGGAGCGGCUCCGUGUGCUCGACGUUAGUCACAAUCAGCUCGCUUACCUGUUGACGUUUCUGGAGGAGCUACCGGCAUUGCGUACGCUCGGGCUGCAUCACAACCCCUGGCACUGUGGGUGGUUGUUUGGGAUGCUGGAACGGUUGGGUGCACGCGAGCUGGACACGGACGCCGAUGGGUUGAUUGGAAUCGAUGAGGAAGCGUCCUGUCCGGGGCUACGGUUGGAGGAUCGGCUGUGCUGUAGCGAGAAUGCGACCAGCCCCGAUCCGGUGCUGCUUCUGGUCAGCCGUACCGGGAUCGUCGAUGAACUGCAGCAGCAGGUUCGUGGUGCAAAGCGACGUGUCGAAACGCUCGAAGAGGCACAGCGCAAGCAGAGCCACCAAUUCGGUGAGCUGGCCGGACGUUUGGCUGCAAUAGAGCGUCUCUGCACGGAAUGAUCGAACGAUACUCCAUGAAGAUUACAAUUAUAAUUUAGGAAGUAAAAUAAAGAGAACAACUAUUUGAACAAGU